AUGUUCGUCCAGUAUCUCACGGAGCAAGGAUAUAAUGUGGUCAAAUCCAACAACCUGAAGAACCUACGAUACGCAGACAUAGCCACUGCUGUUUCGCGUAUCGACAACCUCGAAUUCCUAUCGGACGUGAUACCGAAGACGACCACGUACGGGAAAUUCAAAGAGAAGCGGGCAAAGGAAAAGGCAAAGGAAGACGGCCAAGUUGCGAACCAGCGGACGCUAAAGGAGAUGCAAGUACGCCAGAACGGGACGCCAGAGCACUCGCGGGAGGAAUCAAUGGUCGACGUAGGCGAGCAGAACGUGAACGAGCUGUCUCCCCGUCCGCCGAUGGUCAUACACGCCUCGCGAUCCCGGAGCAGGCUGGUCGACGAAGGCUCAGCCCAGAAACGGCCGAGCAAGGACAACGAUGACGACGACGUCGAGAUGGCACUCUAA